AUGGAAUUUAGCGCCAAAAGUGGCUCACAUUUGCUUUUGGUUUUGAUUGGCAUUUGUGUUGUGUUUUGAAUGCAAUUUAUUCACAUUUGUUGAUGAGAUAUGUGUUUUCAAUCAUCAAUUGAAUGAUUGGUUGCAAUGGAAAACGUUUCUUUGAAUCUGGAUUUGGAUCACAAUCCCGAAGAUGACGACGAUAUCGAUGACCGACACAAAGAGAUCCAGGGGUUGUUGUCAACAGCUUUCGAUGAUUUAAGUUCAUUGAGUGAAGACGAGGAGGAAUAUAGCAAUGAGUUCAAGAAGUUUAGCAUUAAUGGUAUUAAUGGUGACAAUGAGUGUCGAAACACACAAACCAAUGGCAAUGGAAACGAUUGGAACCACAUGUAUGUGAAUGGCUUGACCUCAACGCCUCGGGUUUACCACCAAUUGUAUCCCAAAUCAAAAAACAAUUUGUGGCCAAAAGUGCCCAAAAAUCAUCUCAAUGUCAGUGAUAUUCUUGAGGACGAAGAGGAAGAGCUGCACAAAGGAGUGAAUGGAGACCUCGAGGUCAACGACAAUGAGUUUUGUGUGGAAGACGUGAACAACCAAAUGAAUGGUCAGUUUGACAGCAAAAGUAGUGUAGAGAACGCAAGAACUGAGCAAUUGUUUGGAACCAAUGAGAGAUCUUUUAGUCAAAAACACGUCCAGUUAUUGAUUGAAGAGAAUCAAAGACUAAGCAAUGAAUUACUGGUGUCUCAGCAGAAGUUAUCGACCAUUGAUGGCAAUUACGAGGGACUCCAGUAUAGACUCAAAGAGUUAACUCAAGUGAAUGCCGAGAAGGAGAACCAAUUGGUGAGACUGGAGGCAAGGAUUCAGUCUCUCGAAGUGAAUAUCAAUGUCGAGAGAGAAACUAAAGAGGAGUUCCAGCGAAAAGUGUCUGUUUGCGAGUCGACUAUUGAGUCACUUCAGUACCAACUCAUGGAAAUCGAGAGAAGCGAUUGUCUGGUGAGGAGACAAGAAAUACACGAUUCGGUCGUCAAUAGUUUGAAAGCAAAACAUGAAAAUGAAUUGAUUUUACUUAAGACUGAAAUCGAGAGAUUGAAAGCUGAGUUGAGUUGCAAAGAGACUGAAAUGAAUGCAAUGAACAGUGAAAUGGAGUCAAUUAAGUGUCAAAAUAAUGAGACUCUUCUCAAUCAACAGUUCAAAGACAUGAUUAAAUCGACUAAAGAUUUGUGGGAACAGGAGAUGAAGGGAAGGGUUGAGAAGGAUAUCAAAGAGAUUCUUGAUUUACACGAAAGGAAUUGGACUAAAAGUGCGAAACAGAAACUGAUGGACGAGAGGAACCGAUGGGAACAAGAAUUACAGAUUGAAAUUCUUGAUGUUAUUAAGUGUUUGAGAGUUAAGACUAAACUUAGUGUCGAUAGUUUGCCAGAGAAUGUUGGCCUCAGGUUUGUGUCACUUCUGAAUCUGUGGCGCGCUUUGGAAGAGUCGUGCGAUACCAGGGAACAGGCGCUCAGAUUACAGACACACAAACUGAAUGACGCGAAACUGCAGUUAGAAGAGGCGCUCAACGAGUCCCGACUCAACAGUCCGGCCAAGAGUUCAUCAAAUGAUCAUAUUUUGCGAGAACUGCGAAACGAAUUGCAGAAAGUGAGCGAAGAGGCGCUUGUCAUGACAGAGAAACUCCAUAAAUAUAAACUACAUUAUCAUCAACUCGUGCGAAGACAUAAACACGAGAUCGAGAGAAUCAAAGAAGAAUUCGCUCACAUCUUAGAAUCUCUUAAAAGAGAUCUCUAG